AAGCGCAGCAGCGGGUAUUCACUUUUCACAACGGUCGCGCUUUUGUUGAGCUUAGCAAGUUGUUACUGCACGGUUGACCAUGAUGUUAGUCGCCAGUUUGAUUGCCGCCCUUCUCGCGUACCCUCAUCUAGUCCAAGGUCAACCCGGAAGCAACGGUUACGUGUACGGGAAUGGAGCGGCUUCCGGUGUGGGAAACGCGCAGGUGAAUAGUCAGAGCCAGUCGACGUGGAGCAACGGUCUUCCUUCAACGUACAGCCAGUCGAUGAACAACGCCGGUGGCAGCGGCAUUUCCAUCAGUGGCCAAGCCAACAGCGGCGUCAACGUGGAUCCGCAGCAGCAGGACACCAGCAACCAGGUGGUCAGCGGCAACAGCAACGCCAACUCCAACGGCAACGCCGCCACCGGCUCACUCAACAACCUCGACCACAGCAACUCCGACAAUUCCAACGGACUGACCGUCAACGGCAACUCGCAAAUCACUGGCAACGGCACCGGCGUCAGCAUCAGCAACAAUGUUAAUUCCAAUGUCAACAAGUACCCGAUAACGACGACCACACCCAUGACGUGUGACGUAAUUCCGCCUUGUCCGCCUGGGUGUUUUUCUUCGGGUUGCUUAUGUGCCUGCCCGCUUGAUACUGCGGCAUCGAAUAGUGCACCGAGUGCGAGUAGUGGACCGAAACUGGCUUCAGUGAAGAGCAGAGCGUCCUCUGUUCAGCGAGCACGUGAGCGGAACAUACCGAGAAAUUCGCUUCAGCGAUCACGGGGACAGCAGAAAUCGCAAUCUGUUGUGUUGCUAUCCGCUUUACCGGCGAAUCUGAGAAGACGAGUUUAGGGGUAUUCGGUACUUGUAUUUUCCAAACUGUGAUUUGUGGCACAUCCCAAAUUUCCACACCUUUCCAGCGAUAUUCCAGUCUUAAUUUCGGAUUUCCUGGCAACGUUAUUCUCCGACGAAAACCUUGUAGAGCUUUCAUCCGCCGGCAAGUUGUUCUGUAUCUCACGGUCUUAAUUUUAAACCGGAAUCGUUUUGAAUUUAAAUGUCGGAAAUAGCAGAAUGGAAAGCCUAAUUGUCGGAAAAUAGCAGUAGCAGUUUUGUUGGUUUUCAUCAAUGUGUAUAAUUAUAAAAUUAAAAUUUUUAGUGUCGACUGUCAAUAAGCGCAGGGCCCUUUGUUAUGUUG